AGAGGUUUAGCAAAUAUGGAAAACCCCAACACUUAUGGACCUACCAGGCAGCAUUACGUUGACUCCCAUCUCGGUAGCCAACAACAAUUGCAAACAGGCUUAAUGAGGAGCAUAAAGAGCACAGAAAGAGCUGCUCCUAGUUUAGGUUUUAUUCAGUUAAGAUGAAACCCGAGCAUGCCUAGUAGCCUGAUGGAAGAGAUGAUGAAGAGCUAUUGAGUAUGUUUCAGGAAUCAAAGAGUCCAUACUCAAGAAAAUAUUAUUCCUAAAGUCCCAGAACUUAACCAAAAGACCCCACAAAAGCUAAAAGAUCACGAUACAAAAUGUUAUGAAGAAGAUAAAAUAAAUACUAAAGCUGAGACUGAUAAUAUUUUCAGAAUCAGGUUGGCAACAGAGCUCUCUAAUUACGACUCAGAGGCUGAAUCUGAAGAGUUUACGGUGAGAAGAACCCAAACCGAUCUCAGUGCUCGAAGAGAUGUUGUCUUCAAAGCCGUGUUCAGAAGACUUCGAAAGUACUUUGUCAAAGACUUUGCCACUAUGUCUGGUCCUCGCCCAUUACAGGAAGAUUACCCCCAAAGACUCCAAGAGUACUGCAAGGCCAAGUUCCCUGAGGUCCGUCUUGACAGAGUCAGUGUGGUCUUCGACUGCAUCAUCAACGCUAAAGGAAAAUUGGGAACUAUUCCACAAGAAGACGCCCAACUUAAAGAGGCUAUCAGCAAAUUGUUGUACUUCUACUCGGAGAAGAAAUUUAGGUUGAUGAACGAUCACCCAGAAUUCUUCCACGUACUGUUGCACUUCAUCAAUCUGGAAAACUUGGUCAGGAUGGUCUUUAAGGAGCAGAGAUGGACAUUCAGAAAGAAAGUUAAAGCUCAUCUAAAGAAGCUGGAGACAUUUGUAACCUGCAUGCUAAACUCAUAG